AUGGCCUGUCCCUGUACGGUCUUCUGCCGGAAGGUCUUGAAGAGCUUCAGCACGGCAGACGAAGCCGUACAGCAGCGGAAGAAAAUAAAUGCUAAGCUUCAUGAUGGAGUGUGUCAGCAUUGCAAAGGCAUCUUGGAGUGGCGGGUAAAAUUCAGCAAGUACAAACUACUAUCAAAACCUAAAAAAUGUGUGAAGUGCCUCCAGAAGACUGUAAAAGAUCCUUACCAUAUUAUUUGUCGACCAUGUGCUGGUAAACUAGAAGUUUGUGCCAAAUGUGGAAAAGAAGAAGAAAUAGUAAUUCCGAUUGAUAAAGGACAAGACAGAACUGAGAGUGUGACUAUUAAAAAUGGCCAAGAGAGCAGUGGGUUGAAGGAUGAGCUGGAUUUUGAUACAAACUUCAGCAGUACAGACAGUGAUGAAGACUCUGAUGUGCUUGAGGAACGAUUUAAAAGUAUGAAUUUUGAAAGGACAGAUCUAAAAGGUUGAGUUUAGAUGGGAGACUAUAUGCAGUCAAAAGUGGUAAACCAACGUUUGCCUUAAACUGCUCUGAAAACCUGAUUUGACAACUAAGGUCCUUGCAUAUAAAUGUUGGCACUGUGUAUUAUGACACUUGUUGGGGGUUUUGUAUAAAUAAGUAUUUUUUUGUAUUAAGAGCAGAAUUUCUUGUGAAAAGAUUCAGAAAUUGAAUCUUUAAGCAUAGUUGUUUCUUGCAUACAUGUAACAACUUCCUGUUUAUCUGGAGCAAAGCCUCUUUGUGUAAUUGUUCUAAAUUCAAUAUUAUGCAGCUGUUGUAUUGUCACUUGGAAAGCUACAUGAAAGUCUAGAAUAAAUACAGAGUCUUGUCAUAAAAAGGAGGAGCUAAACCAGCUGUAAUAGUUUGCUGAAGGAAGAACGUGCGUCUUCUGUCAAUGAGUUUCCAAACAGGGUCAAAAUACCAAGUGGUCAUUACCCUUAUGUCUGUUGUUUCUUUUCUGUGCAAAAAAAAGAGGGCCUAAAUGCCAUCACGAGCACAAGUUCAUGAGCAGUUAAUGCUUAUUUACCACGUAUAAGUAUGCAUUACAAGUUUGUGACCUUGUUACUCCCAAUGUUUUGAAAAGAAAAAAACUGAGAACUUUUUAGAAUUUCUCAUAACAGAUCUCACACUUUCUUUUCCUUUGACUGCAGAUCUAAUGUAGUUUGCUCUGAUAUGAAAAAACUUGUGUAGCAUAGUGAUGCUUAUAUAGUUACUCUCUUCCUGAUUUUCAGUUCUUUCUAGGGGUUAUUUCCACGUAGAUUAAGUUCUUGGAAGAACUUAACUGAAUUUGCAGUAGCUAUCUUUUACGGGAUUCAGGAUGGUUUGAUUUCUUCUGUAUUGUCUGCUACCUCUAUAAAUAAAGCUGAAGAAGUACUUCCUAGUAAUUAAAUGGUUUAACGUAUGACAAUAUACUAUGCCAUUUUUACUAACCACAUAACAGCUACACAUCUGCUUUGGUGUUCUACCUGAUUUGCAGUAGUGGGCGUGGUAAAAUUUGAUUCCCAAACUGCCUUCUGCAAAUGAAUUGUGAGGGACUUCAGCUCUGGGAUUUUUCUUGCCCCCUCUCCCCAAUGGGGGAAAUACUGAAACUUUAUCCUUUGGGUAGAGAUAGCCACCCUGUGGCUGCUGUAGUUGACCUUAACUUUAAAGAAAAUCUAGUUACCAAGAUGUGGAGUACUAAGACAUUCAGCAGUCAAUAGCCUAGAAACUGUUCUGAUUUAAAGGACAACUUUAUUAUUUAGUAUUGACAGCAAUGGGCAACAGCAAAAUUCUUGUAAUCACUCAUGGAACAGUGAGCUCUUACUGUUUUUUCUUAACUGUGUAGGUGUUUGUCACUACACAUAAGGCCUUAAGAAUAAGCUUUUUCUUUUAUUAUCUUUAUUUAUUUGGAUUU